AUGGGCGACGAAAGCCACCCGAAAACUCUCUACGUCGGAAAUUUAGACGCGAGUGUGACAGAGGAAUUCUUAUGCGCGUUAUUUGGACAAAUAGGCGAGGUAAAAGGUUGCAAAAUAAUACGGGAGCCAGGUAACGAUCCUUAUGCGUUCCUUGAGUUUACGAAUCAUUCGGCGGCGGCUACGGCUCUGGCCGCCAUGAACAAACGAGUGUUUCUUGACAAGGAAAUGAAGGUUAACUGGGCUACAAGUCCGGGUAAUCAACCCAAGACAGAUACGAGCAACCAUCACCACAUAUUCGUGGGUGACCUCUCGCCAGAGAUAGAGACACAUAUUCUUCGAGACGCUUUUGCACCAUUCGGUGAAAUUUCGAAUUGUCGAAUAGUGCGCGACCCACAAACACUUAAAUCUAAAGGUUAUGCAUUCGUAUCAUUUGUGAAAAAAGCAGACGCUGAAUCUGCGAUACAGGCUAUGAAUGGUCAGUGGUUGGGAUCGCGUUCUAUACGUACUAAUUGGUCGACGCGCAAGCCUCCAGCUAAGGGUACGAAUGAAGGAGCUCCAACUAGCAAGAGAGCAAAACAACCUACUUUUGACGAGGUUUACAACCAAAGCUCACCAACAAACACCACAGUGUAUUGUGGAGGCUUUACUAGUAACAUAAUUACUGAAGAUUUAAUGCAAAACACAUUUUUACAAUUUGGUCCAAUACAAGAUAUAAGAGUGUUCAGGGAUAAAGGUUAUGCGUUUAUUAGAUUUACCACUAAAGAAGCAGCGGCUCACGCUAUAGAAGCAAUACAUAACACAGAAAUUAGUGGACAUACUGUAAAAUGCUUCUGGGGGAAAGAAAACGGAGGCAAUGAAAGUCAGAGUACAAGUAAUCCACCAACUGCACCACCAGCAAUGGGAGCACAAUCACAAUACCCAUAUCCAUAUCAACAAGGCAUGGGAUACUGGUAUGCUCAGGGUUACCCUGCAAUACAAGGCUAUAUGGCGCCUGGAUAUUAUCAGCAAUAUGCCGCAUACAACAAUCCGCAAGCAGCAGCAGCCGCUGGAUAUCGCAUGAGCAUGCCGGGCGGUGCAGGCGCAAACGGCGGGUCGUGGGGCGGGUCGGCCCAGCCCGUCAUGUACGCGUCGGCCAUGCCCUCGGCGCAGUACCCCUCCCAGUAG